CACAGUACCAAAACUUUUUUUAGUGACAGCGGAGUUCGCAUCAGUCUUAUAAUUAUAAUCUCUUAUAUUUGUUAGUAAAAAUUUUUUUUAUUUACGAAUGCGGUAACAGGAAGCAUUAUUAAUAUUUAAAGAUAAUAAAUAAUUUAAAAAGUUAUUUAAAAUGGCUGAUCACGACAACAUGUAUGAUGAUGAGGAGUUGGUGUCAACAAAUCCUAAUCAAAGAAAUUGGCGAGGAAUUUUGAUAGCUUUACUCGUGAUUAUUGCUGUUCUUGCUUUGAUUGUUACAUCCGUGGUCGUUUUAACGCCUCCUGACGAAGGUCCUCGUGUUCGUGGAACGCGAUUACGUUUAUCUGAUAUAUUAUCUGGAGAGUUGUCUCCACUUCCAUUUAAUGGUACUUGGGUAAGUAAUCGUCAUAUAUGCUAUCGUGAUCCUUGGGGUGGUAUUUCAUUAUUAGAUGCAUCUGAUCCAAAUGCAACCGCUCGCAGCCUUAUGCCGAAUGAAACUUUUCGACAUCUUAAUCCAACAACAUUUUCUCUUUCGUCAGAUCAUCGAUAUCUUCUUUUAUCUAAAAAUGUUGAGAAACUAUAUAGAUUUUCAUUCCUUGCCCAAUACAUUAUUUAUGAUAUUAAUGCACGUGACAUAAUUUCUCUAACUACUGAUCUGGAAAAAUACGCUCAUCCUUACUUGUUGUACGCACAAUGGACUCCUCGAGGUCACGGUAUUAUAAUGGUUCAAAAUUAUGAUAUUUAUUAUAAAACAAGUCCAACAUCUAAUGUCGGAUAUCGAGUAACUAAUACAGCUGUACCUGGUAUUUUAUCUAAUGGAUUUCCAGACUGGCUUUAUGAAGAGGAAAUACUUCACAGUUCUCAAGCAAUCUGGAUGUCAAAAGAUGGCCAUAUGAUGUUGUAUGCAUCUUUCAAUGACUCUUUAGUUGAAGAAAUGCACAUUUCAUGGUUUGGUGCGGAAAAUAAAAACCUUUACCCAGAAACAUUGUCUUUAAGGUAUCCUAGACCUGGUACACCGAAUCCUCAGGUGAAACUUCAUGUUGCGGACUUGGCUGAUCCUAAAAAUAUCAACAUUAAAACUGUUAAGCCACCAGCUAUUAUUGAGCAUACCGAUCAUUAUUUCACAACCGCUUCUUGGAUUUCUUUAACCGAAGUUUCCAUAACUUGGUUAACUCGUGCUCAGAAUGUUUCGGUAAUCACUGUGUGUAAAAGUCCUUUGUGGCAUUGUCAAGAAAUCCAGAGAAUCAGUGAAAAUCGUGGUUGGGUCGACGCAUCUUCACAUCCACCACUAUUCUCAUUAAAUAGUACGAGUUAUAUAACGAUUGCUCCUGUAAGAGAUGGUCCAGCCGGUUUUUUUAAACACAUCGUCUGGGUUAAUGUCGUUAAAAAACAAGUUGUACCUCUCACCCAUGGACGACGUGAAGUAGUUAAAAUAUUAGCUUGGGACCAUGCUAACAAUACAAUAUAUUUUCUGGGCAUUCCAGCAGGGCGACCAGGGCAACGUCAUUUAUACAGAGUGAGUUCAGUUCUUCCAGAAGUUGGGUCAUCACUUUAUCCAGCAUUUUGUAUAACAUGUCCUGUUUCUAUUAUGAGAGGAAAUAACUUAUAUCAGUCUGAAAAUGACAAUAAUAUUCAUUCGGGGAUGUUGAGUGUUUCAUCAGAUUGGUCAGAAAAUAAAGACUGGAAUGAUCAAUUCAAUGAACAGGAAGAUGAUGGUAAUGAAGAUGCUAACACUCAUGAAGUAACUUCCAAUAAUAAGAACACAAAUAAAUCCAAAAAAAUCAACACGAAAAAUGAAGAAUCGUGUCAAUACCACAGUGCAAGUUUUUCACCCGGAUAUGAGUACUUUAUAUUAGAAUGCUUAGGCCCUGGUAUUCCUACAGUAUCUCUGUAUAAAACGCAAUCACCACUACCACGCUUUGUUAGUCUUCUCCAGAAUAAUACAGCGUUACGAGAGAAGAUUGCAAAGAUUGCACUUCCACAAAUAAAAACAUUUCCGGUGCAAAUAGGUGGUGGAUAUAAUGCCCAAGUACGGUUAUAUUUACCUCCCGGGCUUAGAGAAGAUGAAAUAACACGAUAUCCGAUGGUUGUUCAAGUUUCUGGAGGCCCAGGUACUCAAUUGGUCACAGACAUGUUCAAAAUUGAUUGGAAUACUUAUCUUGCAAGUAGAAAAAACAUUAUUGUUGCACAAAUUGAUGGUCGAGGUAGUGGUGGACAAGGAUAUAAAAUGCUCUAUGAAGUGUAUUAUAGACUUGGUACUGUAGAAGUUUCCGAUCAACUAGAAGUUACGGAGUAUUUAAGAGAUUCGUUACAUUUUGUUGAUAAACGCCGAGUAGCAGUUUGGGGAUGGAGUUAUGGUGGUUUCGUUGCCGCUCUUGCCUUAGCAGAACCUGAACAAGACGUUUUUCAGUGUGGGAUUAGUGUAGCUCCUGUCGUCUCAUGGAAACUAUAUAAUUCAGCAUAUGCUGAAAGAUAUAUGGGUUCUCCAAAUGUAACGUCAAAUUACAAAGGAUAUGCUGAAUCCGAUGUUUUCAACAAGAUUGAGUAUCUGCGAGAAAAAAUGUUUUACUUAAUUCAAGGAACUGCAGAUGAUAAUGUGCAAUUCCAACAAUCAAUGACAUUAGCACGUCAUUUAGCUCAAAAAGGUAUAUUAUUUAGACAACAAGUUUAUCCAGAUGUUGGUCAUAGUUUAAAUGGUGUUACGGGCCAUCUUUACCUUUCAAUGGCACAAUUUCUUGAUGAUUGUUUUAUCAAGCAAGUACCUGUUGACUCUAAAGCUGGAUUAGGAAGUGGUGGUGCUGACAUUUAUUGACACUCCAUUUCUAUUUAGUUCGGCAAAUAUUUUUAGAGUAUUAUUAAAUUAGUUAUUUAGUCUUUAACAAUCGUGAUACAAAAUAAAUACUUUUAUUAAUAGAAAUUAUGGAUUAUAUAAUAAUUAAUAAAUUAUUUUAGAGCGUUAAAGAUAUCUUAUAAAAAAAUGCAAUCUCUCUCCAAAUUGUGUUCGGUUGAAUAGAUAUAUUUACAAUAUAAUAUAUCACGUCUUUAAAUUUUAAAAUUCAAUCAAUGCAAUAAUUUUAUUCAUUGCUUGCUCUUUUAAUAACAAUAAUUAAGUAAGAAAUAAAUUAUUAUAAAACUAUAUUCUAUCUUUCUUAUUAAAUGUCGUCAUUGUCGAUGAAUAUAUAUGGGAACCUAAUAUUAAAUCAACGUAAUUUCUGUAAUUUGUGCACUGAGAGAAAAAAAAAUCAAAUUCAAGUAAUUAUUUUUCUUAUUUCCCUAAAUACUCACAAUAAGUAAUUUUUUUCUGAAAUGCAAUUGAUACCCUAACGGACCCAAAUUAUGGUAAAUUACCGUAAAUUACGACAAACUGACGUAAAAUGCCGAUUUACCGUAAAUUACGGUAGGUUUGCCGUAAUUUGCGGUAAUCCAACGUAAAAUACGGUAAUUCGGUCAUUCACCGUAAAUUGCCGCAGUUUACCUACACUACGUUAAACCAACCGUAAAUUACGGUAGGUUUACCGUAAUUUGUCGUAAAAUUACGGUAAAUUAGGUCCACUAGGGUAUUUUCUUAUUUUAAUAAAACUAUCGCGUCACUUUAAUAAUAAAUUUCUAGAAGCAUCCAUUACUUCAGGCGAGCAAAUAUUUCUGCAAUUUAGUUGAUACUUUUUCAAAUUUAUUACAAUUAAAAUCUUCAAUAAGCCAAUUAUUUAAUCGAAUAAACAAAAAAAAAAAAAUUAAAGAAAGUUAUAUUCAAAAUUAGAAAUAAUUCUUGCGCUAAGAAAAAUAUUUGUUUUAAUAACAAAAUGGAAUUUCUCAUUGCUACUGAUAAAAAUAUUAAAUAUAUUAAUUUUUCGAGAGCUGCUUCUAUAGAUUGUUAAAUAUUUGAAUUUUAUUAUUUAUUUGUAAAUUACCUUGGCGGAUCCGUAUUACGGUGAUUUAUCGCAUCAACCCGUUAUUUACCGUAAAAUACGGUAUUUCUACUGCAAAUUUGCCGCAUUUUAUGGCUAUUUACAGUAAUACAAGGUAAUUUACCGUAUUUUACAGUGGAUCGCGGUAAGAUACGGCAAUGGACCAUUUUGCGGCAUUUUUACCAUAAACACCGUAUGUUUAUUUAUAUUCACAGUUUUUACAGUGCAAUAAUUCACUUUAGGUAAAUUACCGCAAGCUUGCCGCAACUUUACGGUAAAUUAUAAUUCUCUCACUGCAAAUAUGCGGUAAAAAUACCAUACUUUCGCUGUGGAAUACCUACUUUUGUCGUAAUAUACCGUGUAUUUUUUACCUUAUAACACCGUAUUGAUCGUAAAUUACGGUAUUUGACCGUUAAUUACUGUAAUUCGGAUCCGCCAGGGUAAUAUUUCAGAUGACAAACGUCAAUGAAUAAUUUAAGAGUUUAUUAAAGACAUGAUUUACAAAAAGUGACUGUGGCUGAGGGUCAUAAGUCUCGCGUGAUCGGUCUAGGUUCGAAUCUUACACGAAAAAAAAGAUCAGUGACAAAAUUACAGUUUUGAAUGCAAAAACAGGGUCCUCGUAUAAAAAACUUUAAAUAUUAUAGUUUGCACUGUAAUAAUUGAGUCUACUUCUUGUAAUAAAGUAAUCACUAUCAUAGAUAUCAAAUUUUACAGUUUCUAAUGUAUUUUUAGUUAGAUGAAACUUGAUAAUGCCAGUUACUUAUUAUUUUCCCAGUAAAUACAUCGACGUAAAUUUAACGUCACAAUGACGUUACACUAUUGCAUAUUUCCUACUUUUUACGUAAGAUUAUGACGUAAGAUUAAUGACGUAACCAUGACGUAAAUCUGAUGUCUGUAUAACAUUUAUGACGUCAAUAUGACUUCUGGGUGAUGUCAAAAUUAUCAGUCCGGAAAAAAUAUUUUUGAAAAAAAAAAAAUGAAAUAUUCAAUUUUUGAUUUGAUUAUUACCACGCGACACGCAUUACAAAUUUAGAAACACGAUUUAAUAAUGUAAAAUUAUGAACAAAAACCUGGGCCUCUACUGGGCUCGAACUCGGCUACUCUUGGCUGAUAGUCCUGAACGCUGCUCACUGGUCCACAUCACCAAAGUUGGAGCUUAGUGCUUAAUUGAUGAUUUUAGAGUUAAAUGCCGGAAAAGACGGAGUUUAUAAGUUUUUGUAUGGUGGAUUUUAACUAAAUUUUUAAAAUCUCUAUGAACUUAUUUGAAAUUUUAUGAAGUUUCAUAAAAUUUUGUAAAAACUCAAUAUUGUAUAACAUUUUAAGAAUGACCAUUAUCACAUUUCAAACUGUAAUUUUUAAACCCUGUUGCUUGAGUAAAACGCUCAUAAAUGAAACUCUAAUAAUAGUGAAACUCUGAUAAUUGCUACAUCUCAGAAAUAAUGUAAUUUUUCCCAGUUUUAAAGUAGAGAGACUUUGCUGACAUUUAAAACUGUAAUAAGUCUUGGAUGUACAUUUAUUUUUUCCAUUAUUCGUUUUUCCGUGUAGACAGGGUAAAAUUAUUUAUUAAUAUUAAAAAAUAUUUGUUAAGAUACAAAACUAAUAUGAACAGCAUUAGAUGAUAAAAAGGCAUCUCUAAUAAUAUUUUUUGGACAAACCCCAGCAGACCUGAGUUACCGUAAAUUUACGGUAUUUUUACCGUUAAUCUACCGUAGAAUACCGUAAAAUUCGAGUAGAUUUACCGUAAAUUACGGUAAAUUCGCCGUAAAUUGUGGUAAAUCCACCGUAAAUUGCGGUAAAUCCACCGUAAUUUACGGUAAAUCGGUACUUUACGGUGGAUUAUCGUAAAUUACGGCGGGUAUACCGUAAAUUUACCGUCGAAUACGAUAAAUCUACCAUAAAAAAAUUCGGGUGGAUUACCGAAUUACCGUAAUUUACGGUGGAUUACCGUAUUUCCGUAUUUUACGGUAAAUUCACCGUAAAUUACGGGAAAGCCACCGCAAAUUACGGUAAAACCACCGUAAAUUACGGUAAAUCCACCGUAAAUUACGGUAAAUCCACCGUAAUUUACGGUAAAUCGGUAUUUUACGGUGGGUUUACCGUAAUUCACUGUAAUUUGGGUCCGUUAGGGAAAUCAACUUUUUUUCUUAGUAUCAAGCGAGUAAAUAAAAUACUUGAAUAAACUUAUCAUUUUUUUCAUUCAAGAAAAUAAUUGCUUGGCACAAUUCAAGUAACUAAAAUACUCAAAUCAAGCAUUUGUUCUUGAAUGUAUGCAUUUUUUCUCUCAGUGUUUUUUGAUUAAUUAAUAUUUCUCAUUUUUUCAAAUAUUUUUAUACAUAUUGAAAGGAGCUUUAGCGUAAAUUUUCAGAUUCUACUGUAUAGAAGCUUUGGAGGUAAAAAUUUAAAAAAAAAUUCUUCGA